UAAUAAUAAUAAUAAUAAUAAUGGAAAUAAUUCUAAUAAUUCUAAUAAUUCUAAUAAUAAUAAUGGAAAUAAUAAGAAUUUAUAUGGAAAUAUUAAUUUUUAUAUUUCAAUGAAUGAACCAGGUAUAUUUAAUGUAGAAAUGAAAUUAAAUAAGAAUAUAAUUGGAAGUAUUAUUUUAGAAAUUGAUAAUUUAUUAGAUGCACAAGAAAAGGGUUUAACAAAAUUAACAUUUGAAAUUGAAAGUAAUAAUGAACAUGUUGUAAAGAAUAUUACUUUAAAUGUUAAUACAACUUUAAAUACUUUGAACAAGUUAUUUUCAAAUACAUCAAAUAAUUCACAAUAA